AUGAGGGAUAGCGAGGAAACUCCGUCCGUGAACGGAUCGACAAUAAGCGCAAAAGGAAAUCCCAAACAGGAAGCCGAUGUGGAAAUCGGGCCUGAACUGGGCGAGACAACAAAAGAGGAAAAAGUACAGGACCCCAACAUCGUUGGUUGGGAUGGACCAGAUGAUCCCGAAAAUCCGCUCAACUGGACCACGCGAAGAAAAGUCACGGCAACAUGUUCUAUUGCGCUGAUCACGUUUCUGACUCCUCUUGGAUCAUCUAUGUUCGCCCCCGGUGUAGGUGAACUAGUUAGAGACUUCAAUGUGACCAGUAUCGAACUGUCCUCAUUCGUGGUAUCGGUAUACCUCCUCGGAUACUGUUUCGGUCCUCUCCUCAUUGCACCUCUAUCGGAGCUGUACGGUCGACAGUACGUCUACCAUGUAUGCAAUAUCUUUUACGUGAUUUGGACCAUUGCCUGUGGCUUCGCACCAGAGAUGGGCAGUCUUGUUAUCUUCCGAUUCUUCGCUGGCUUUGCCGGUAGCUGUCCGCUCACUAUUGGCGCCGGGUCCAUAGCAGAUAUGUUCGUACAAGAGCAGAGAGGCGGCGCGAUGGCAGCUUGGGCUCUUGGUCCUUUGGUUGGGCCUGUCGCCGGUCCCGUUGCUGGUGCGUAUCUGGCACAGGCAAAGGGUUGGCGAUGGAGCUUCUAUGUGCUAGCUAUGGCUAGCGGUGCUAUCACCAUCAGCUCAAUGUUAACCAUUCGGGAAUCCCACGCCCAGACUCUCCUGGCUCGGAAGACCAAGAAGCUCCAGAAAGAAACAGGGAAUAUGAACUUGCGCUCCGCCCUCGACACGGGUCGUACACCAAAAGAACUCUUCCUGUUUUCCAUCGUGCGGCCGACGAAGAUGCUCUUCCGCUCCCCGAUUGUUUUCCUUCUUUCGCUUUACGUCGGCGUGAUCUACGGUUACCUAUAUCUGUUGUUCACAACCAUCACCGGCGUGUUUCAACAGCAGUACAAUUUCUCUCAGGGAUCAGUCGGACUCACCUAUCUCGGUUUAGGCGUAGGCUCUUUCGUCGGUCUAGGCAUGCUAGGAGCAACCUCUGACAGACUGCUCACCUACCUAUCUGCCAAGCAUGGUGAGAAAAAGCCCGAGUAUCGCCUUCCGCCUAUGAUCCCUGGGGCCUUCUUUAUUCCCAUCUCGCUUUUUAUGUAUGGAUGGACUGCUUAUUACAAAACCCACUGGAUCGUGCCUAUUAUCGGAACAUCCUUCCUUGGCGUUGGUAUGAUGAUUACCUUCAUGUGCGUGAGUACGUACUUGGUAGAUGCAUUCACAGAAUACGCCGCUUCCGCCAUGGCGGCUAACACUGUAUUCCGUUCACUGGCCGGCGCCAUGCUCCCACUUGCCGGCCCGAAGAUGUACGCUGUGCUUGGGCUUGGGUGGGACAUCGGAGAUGUUGAAGAUAAAUCCGAUUGA